AUGGCAGUGGCUGGUUUCUAUCGCAGAGAGCUUCCUUCUCCUCCUGCAAUUGAAUUUGCUUCCCCAGAUGGAAAGAAGCUCUUUACUGAAGCUCUAGGAAAUGGAACCAUGGAAGGGUUUUUCAAGCUGAUCUCUUACUACCAAACGCAAUCAGAGCCCGCGUAUUGUGGGCUGGGCACCCUUGCCGUCGUCCUUAACGCCCUCGCUAUCGAUCCCGGGAGAAAAUGGAAAGGCCCAUGGAGAUGGUUUGAUGACUCAAUGCUGGAUUGCUGCGAACCUUUGGAAAAAAUCAAAGCCGAAGGCAUCACCUUUGGGAAAGUUGCGUGCUUGGCGCAUUGCAAUGGAGCUGAAGUCAUAGCCUUUCGAACCCAUGAAAGUUCCGUUCAUGAUUUUCGUAACCAAGUCAUUUCGUGUACUUCUUCAGAGGAUUGUCAUGUCAUCACAUCAUACCACAGAGGUGUAUUUAGCCAGACUGGAACUGGCCAUUUUUCACCGAUUGGGGGUUAUCAUGCUGGAAGAGAUAUGGUUCUCAUUUUGGAUGUUGCUCGAUUUAAAUAUCCUCCUCAUUGGGUUCCACUUUCACUUCUUUGGAAGGGAAUGGAUACUAUUGAUGCAGCAACUGGACAUCCUCGAGGGUACAUGAUUAUUUCAAGGCUUAACAGAAGUCCAUCUAUUCUUUACACUGUGAGUUGCAGACAUGAAGGUUGGAAUAGUAUUGCGAAGUACUUAAUAGAAGAUGUUCCUCUCCUGUUGAAGUCAGAAGAUGUAAAAGAUGUCCAGAAUGUGAUCUCAGUUGUAUUCAAAUCACCACCUGCCGACUUGAGAGAGUUCAUUAAAUGGGUUGCUGAAGUUCGGAGACAAGAGGAUGGGAAUCCAAUCGUAAACAAAGAGGAAAAAGGAAGGCUAGCUAUCAAGGAAGAGGUAUUGAAACAAGUAAAGGAAAUGGAACUCUUCAAGCAUGUAACCAAAUGGUUGGCGGCUAAAAAUUCACUUUGUAAGGAUACCGUAUCACUGGGUGGUAAAGAUACCUUGCCUGAAAUUGCAGCAAAUGUGUGUUGCCAAGGAGCUAAAGUUUUGGCUGGGAAAGUCAGUUCAUUAGAUGGAAUGUGUUGUAGAAAAACUGACAUGAAAGUCUUAAAAUCCAACGGUGAAAAGCCCGUAACAGUGGUCUCAGGAACUGUAACAACUAAUGGCAUGGAACAAGCAGUUGAUAUGCUGGUUCCCUCAUGUCAAACAGAUCCAAGCAGUCUGUGUUCUUUUUAUCAUGGCAGCUGCAUAGGGAUGCAUCCAUCUACGGGCGAUAUUCUAACAGUACUUCUGUUGGCUCUGCCUCAACACACAUGGUCUGGCAUUAAAGAAGAGAAGCUACUUGCAGAAAUUAAUAGUCUCAUAUCAACUGAUUGUCUGCCCACUUUGCUUCAAGGGGAGGUUCAGUACUUGCGACGGCAAAUCCACUUCCUCAUGACUGAUAAUGUAGCAGGUUCUCUUUCAUAA